ACUGGGAGCUCCCGCAAGUGGGCAGGGCUGGGGCGCCCAGGCACCGCCUUCUCAUGAAUAAUGCAGGAUCCGGGCGGUGUCCCGGACCCGGAAGUGGAGUUGCAGAGUCACCGCAGUGGCUGAGCUGCUGACAGGAGGCGGCGGCGGAGGAGGAGGCGAGGCAAGACCUGCGGCUCCGCGGGGCCACUGCCGCGGUAGCUCUAGGCAACCCCACGGAGCUUACGCCGGCCCCAGUCAGCCCGCGAGCCUCUCGCCGCCUGUCCGUCCUUCCAUCCGCUUUUUCGCCCUACGGGUCCGGGGCGGCCUAGUCUGCAUCAUCUGCCGGGCUUCUGGGGCCGCCGCCCCGCGCGGUCCCGUCGGCGUCCCUGGCCGCGCCCGGCCCCUGGCCCGCUCGCCCACCGGCACCAUGAUGGAGGAGAUCGACCGGUUCCAGGUGCCCACCGCGCACUCGGAGAUGCAGCCGCUGGACCCAGCUGCCGCCUCGAUCUCAGACGGAGACUGUGACGCCCGGGAGGGUGAGUCAGUAGCCAUGAAUUACAAACCCUCCCCGCUCCAAGUGAAGCUGGAGAAGCAGCGGGAGCUGGCCCGGAAGGGUUCCCUGAAGAAUGGCAGCAUGGGCAGCCCUGUGAACCAGCAACCCAAGAAGAACAAUGUCAUGGCCCGGACGAGGCUGGUCGUCCCUAAUAAAGGCUACUCCUCGCUUGACCAGAGCCCUGAUGAGAAGCCACUGGUAGCGCUGGACACAGACAGCGAUGAUGACUUUGACAUGUCCAGAUACUCUUCCUCUGGCUAUUCCUCUGCCGAGAUCAACCAAGAUUUGAACAUCCAGCUGCUGAAGGACGGCUACCGGUUAGACGAGAUCCCCGACGAUGAGGACCUAGAUCUCAUCCCCCCCAAGUCCGUGAACCCCACCUGCAUGUGCUGCCAGGCCACUUCCUCCACCGCCUGCCACAUUCAGUAGCGGGCGGGGUCGCCGCGGCGCACGGGGCGGGGCCGAGUCGGGCCAGGUGGGGCGGGCAGGGGCAGACCCUACCCAGCUGGCCCACCGGCCCCCCUUACAGCCCCGAGCCCUUACAGCCGCCAACCUCGUAACAGUCAUUGCUUCCUCCUAUGGUAGGACGUGUACCUCUGUGUGUUCAUGGAGCCAGAGAAACCAAAACCGGGUCUGUCUCCAGCCCCGGGGCUGGGGGGGUGGGGGCACUGUAUGUUCAGUUACUUGGGGGAACUACACCCAAGCACCCUGCCACCUCUCCCCAGAGCCGCAAUCAGGGGCAGCACUGAAGGCCAGGAGGCCAACUGUAAGCAGUCGGGUGAAGGGAUCACAAGGCCGGGGGUUUGGCCCCAGUGCCAGUGAAGCCAUGAAUUCCCCAACUCCAGCCUGGAAAGGAAGGAAAGGGGGUUGGGAAAGAAAAGGCCCCAAGCAACGGGGACGAUUCUCAACACCUGGGAGCCCUCCCCACCCUGUGCCAGCCCGGAUACCUAUUUGUGUUUCCGCCUCAUCUCCAGAUGGGAAGCCCGCGGCAAAGCUGUCCAAAGGGCACCGCCUCUCCACGAGAUCACUGCCUUCUCCCUCUGCUCUGUCCGCUCCCCCUUCCUUCCUUGCUGAGGAUUGGGGGCGGGAAUCUCGGAGAGAGGCCAGGUUUGGGGGUGGUAGGGCCUGUUCUCAGAGCCUCUAACCAAUGCAUCUGUCUCUCUACCCUGUCUUCCCCUCUCCCAGUCUCCUGACUAUUGGUUCCAGGCUAGAAGCGAGAGAUAAGGCUGGCCCCCAGUUCCCAUUUCCCCCAGCCUGAGGUCCAGGAGGCUGGCUUCCAGAAAGGCCCUUCAAGGGCAAGCUUAAGAAAAUAGUGCACCAAGUGACUGUGUGGAUGUGGUAGGGUGUGUGUGUGUA